UUUGGCUUUGCUUAAACGUGUACCAUGUUCGUACACACAAAUUUCUAACCAAAUGUUCUACAAAAAUCCCAGUUUUUAAUUCAUUAAAAGUUAAACAACAAUGGUUAUGAUUCAGUUUCAACUUCAAACACAACACCCAUUAAAAUUCAAUGGCUUUUCUCAACACCCUUUUGGUUACAAUGUUCAAAGACAAAAAAAGAAGCUAACUUUGCAGCCAAAAGCCAUGUCUUCAAGAACUCAGAGGAUAAUGGAGAGCAUUUCAGUUGGUGGGGAAGUUGGGGGUGCAGGUGGGGCAUAUUCUUAUGAUGCUUUGAAAAGAUUGGAUAAUGUUUGGUCUAGUAUUUGCUCUAAUCAAUCAGUUGUUCAAGAACCCAAACAAGUUGUCUAUAAUAUGCCUGGUUUGUUUACCGAAUCUGAUAUCGCAGAGAAAGAUGUGGAUAAGUUUGAUGUGUUGGUUUGUGGGGGUACUCUAGGGAUAUUCCUUGCUACCGCGUUAAGUUUGAAAGGUCUUCGAGUAGGAGUUGUGGAAAGAAAUUUACUAAAAGGGAGGGAACAAGAGUGGAAUAUAUCAAGGAAAGAGCUUUUGGAACUUGUCGAAAUUGGCAUUUUAACAGAAGAUGAGAUUGAGCAGGCUACAACUUCAGUAUUUAAUCCAAACAGAUGUGGGUUUGAGACGAAAGGAGAGAUUUGGGUUUUAAACAUCCUUAACCUUGGCGUUUCUCCUGCAAAACUUGUAGAUAUCAUGAAGGAGCGAUUCACUUCACUUGGUGGAGUAGUCUUUGAGGGUUGCAGCGUGUCUAGCAUAAACGUUUAUCAGGAUACAGCAGUAUUGCAACUAAUGGAGAGGAAGAUUUUGUCAGCUAGUCUCAUAAUCGAUGCAAUGGGGAAUUUUUCGCCUGUGCUAAAACAGAUUAGAGGAGGCAGGAAGCCUGAUGGCGUUUGCCUGGUUGUUGGUUCUUGUUGUCGAGGUUUCAAGGAAAAUUCUAAUAGUGAUGUGAUAUUUAGUAGUGCUGAGGCGAAAAAGGUUGGAAACUCAGAAGCACAAUACUUUUGGGAGGCAUUUCCUGCUGGUUCGGGGCCAUUGGAUCGAACUACGUACAUGUUCACUUAUGUUGAGCCACAACCUAGCAGCCCAAAACUGGAAGAGUUGCUAGAAGAUUAUUGGGAUCUGAUGCCAAAAUAUCAGGGAGUUUCAUUGGGUGAGUUAGAGAUUCUGAGAGUUAUAUAUGGUAUUUUCCCGACCUAUCGUGACAGUCCACUACCAGCAGCUUUCAAUCGUAUUCUACAGUUUGGUGAUGCUAGUGGCAUACAGUCUCCAGUUUCCUUUGGCGGUUUUGGAAGUUUGACCAGGCAUCUCGGACGACUAUCAAAUGGAAUACAUGAAGCAAUUAGUGGAAAUCUACUGGACUCCGAGAAUUUGUCAUUGUUGAAUCCAUACAUGCCCAACCUAAGUGCAUCUUGGUUAUUUCAAAGAGCCAUGUCUGCAAGAAAAGAGACCGGUGUCUCACCAGAUUUCAUUAAUGACCUUCUUCAUGUCAAUUUCCAGAGCAUGCAGAAACUAGGGGAUCCAGUGCUAAGACCAUUUCUUCAGGAUGUGAUACAAUUUGGUCCUCUAGUAAAGACGCUAGGCCUUGUUAUGCUAACAAAGCCUCAAAUAAUUCCUUCUAUAUUUAAACAGGUUGGCUUCCCGGUGCUGAUUGACUGGCUAGGACAUUUUUCAUCAUUGGGUUCUUAUACAUUUCUUUCAAUAUUCAUUGACCCUCUUAUAAGGCCUGUGAUCGAUACAUUUUCAACCGAGAUGAAAUACAAAUGGAACAGGCAACUUGAGGCAUGGAAAUAUGGAGCUGGCUUGGAUUACAGAUUCAGCCAAGAAGAAGUAACCAAGAAAGGUUCCAACAAAGUCAGUGAAAUCGAAAACGUAAAGAUAUGAACUUUCACUUGAAGUCUUGAACCAUUAAUUAUUGGUUUCCAGCAGAAUGUAAAUCUGUGAUAUAGAGAUUUGACAACGAUAUUAACUUCCGUCAUUGACAACAAUAUUUUUGUAUGCUUUAGGAGGUAAAACAAACCAAUAAGACUAUUUGAACAAUAUUGUAUGGAUUCAAAGUAUACCGAGUGAACAAGAAUACAUGUUCAUGAAACUUUGUUUA